CUCUGUAUGUUGUUGAAAAUUGUUGAGCAGUUUUCGCAUGUCGAUCGUCGGUGGUGUCUAGUUUCCUUUUGUUUCUAAACGCUGAUAAAGACAGUCUCGUAUAUAAACAGAUAAAAAUGGGCAAAGAAGACGCAGAAACUGUAGCCCUAAAGAAAGAGUUGGAAGAUCUCAUUAACAAGUGCAAGGAAGAGCAAAAGAAGCAGCAGGAUACGACGUUGGAACAAGCGUGCAACGGAGUGGCGGCUGCUCCGAAAGUUAGAUUGACGACUAAGAGAUUGCUGAAGGGACACAUUAAUAAAGUCAAUUCGGUGCAUUACAGCGGCGAUAAUCGGCAUUGCGUGACCGGUUCGUUGGAUGGAAAGUUGAUCAUCUGGGAUUCAUGGAGCGGUAACAAGGUACAGGUCAUCCCGUUGCGUUCAGCCUGGGUGAUGUCGGUGGCUUUCGCGCAGUCCGGCAACUUCGUUGCGUGCGGUGGUAUGGACAACAUGUGCACCGUUUAUGAUGUGAACAAUCGCGAUGCUACGGGAUCCGCCAAGAUUGUAAGGGAACUGCUGGGAUAUGAAGGAUUCCUAUCGUCCUGCAGAUUCCUCGACGAUAAGAAGAUCAUUACCGGGUCCGGUGACAUGAAAAUUUGUAUAUGGGAUCUCGAGGCUAACAAGAAGACGACGGACUUCGAGGCGCAUGCAGGCGACGUGGUGAGCAUUAGCUUGUCUCCCGAUGGCAACACUUAUGUCACCGGCUCGGUUGACAAAACUUGCAAACUGUGGGAUCUACGGGAGGAGAAAGCCAAGCAAACGUUCAUCGGUCAUGAUGCUGACGUAAACUCCGUCUGCUAUCAUCCUUCCGGGCAAGGCUUCGUGACAGCGUCCGAGGAUAAAACGGCGAGACUAUGGGACUUUAGAUCCGAUCAGCAGUUGGCCACCUUCAAGCCGCCGAACUCCAACCCCGGAUUUACAUCAUGCGGCUUGUCUCUAAGCGGCAGGUUCAUCUUCUGCGGCAGUGAUGAUAAUUCCAUUCACAUAUGGGAUACAUUGAAGAAUCAACAUAAUGGUGUUUUGUCGGGCCACGAGAACAGAGUGACGUCGCUCAGUGUCACUGACAAUGGGAUGGCAGUGGCCAGUUGCUCCUGGGAUCAGAACGUCCGAAUUUGGGUGUGAACAGUAACAAGUGAUUACACACAAGUGAUCGAUGAGAAGACACCGGAGGAAAUAUAUUACCAAAAAUAUAUUGAUGUUAAAAAAGC